AUGAAGAUAGGGGAAAAACCCAACGUGGGGACCCCCCCCCGGGGGAGACACUCAAAUGGUGAGCACUCUAAAUGGAGACAAAAAAAAAAUGGCCAAGACGCACAGGAAAGUGCAAAUAUCAGUGAGGAGAAAAAGAAGAAAGGUAAAAAAAAGAAAAAAAAAAAUGAUCCCCCUCCUGAAGGGGGUAGACGCAAACGUUUGGACAGCGUACCAGGGGAUGGGUCAAACCGCGUGCACCAUUUGAAAAAAACAUACACGUUAAUAGAAGGGGGUGCCUCUCCACAGCAUUUUGGAGGCCUCACCGAACUGGAGGAGGACAGUUUCGAGGGGGCCCUCUCCAGUGAAAACUCGAGUGCACCAUGCGAUAAGGCAGAAGCAACCAAUUGCAGCUUUGGUGCGGAUAAGAUGAGUACCCAGGAGACACCCCCCAUGAGAGAGUUACCAAGGGGAAAUACAACCAGGGAGAACCCGCCCAAUCCUCCUAGCGGCGAACGUAGAGUGGAGAAGACCCCCAACUGCUGGCAGAGUGAGGUGUACAAGACCGUUGGAAGAAGUUGCAAUGGGGAAGCGAGCAGGACCGCUACCAACAUGGGGGAUGCCAAUCAGGGCGCUACCAACGAAGGUGCAACCAACGAAGGUGCAACCAACGGCGUCACCCAUGGUAGCUCCCCCGUUGCUGAAGAGCGCCCCCCGGAAGGCCAGCACCCAAAGAGGGACACCCCGAGCGACGGUGCUAACAACGGGGACGGCGAAGAGGGCGACAAACGUGCGUCCACCCCCGCAGCGGCAGGCCCACCCAAAAACGAAAUUGAAGAAUUAAAAGGAGAAAUAAAAAAAGAAUUAUACAACAGGUUAAGCAUCGCUCUAGACAUCAACAUGAGUCUUAACGAAAACGAAAAAUAUUAUGACCUUUUUAAAAAAAAAAAAAAAUUCCAAAAAUACAUUAUGAAUAGCUGCAAAUUUGUUAUAAUCCUGGGGAAGCACCUGAACCUCUCCUUCUCUACCAUUUCAAUCGCCCUGUAUUACCUGCACAAGUAUCACGAGAAGGUUUUGAAGAGGAAGAAAAAUGCGCUGCCCUACUUGGUAGGUGGCGCUUGCAUAUUCCUGGCAUGGAAGAUGAGGGAGGAUAUGGAAAACCUGAGGAAGUCGAAAAAGCUCUACGACAUUCCGAAGAUGAUUUUUAAGUUGCUUAAUUAUUUUGACAAGAAAAAAAAAAUAAAAAAAAAAAUGAGGGAGCUGCAAGUUGGCAUGGUGCUGAGUGGGUGCGCCUACCGGAGGUGGGAGGACCUUUCGGAUGAGCACACCCUCGGUUCGACCGCGGGGGAUGUUAGAAGCGUUAGAAGCGCGAAGAAUGCGGGAAACGCGACAAACGCGGGACACACAGCAAAGGGGGAAGGGGCAAGUGCAAGGCGCCGGGGAGAAGAAGCCCGCCCCCCGGGAGAGGCAUCCCAAAGAGGGACUCCCCCCCGCAGCGGGAAAAAAAAGAGAAAACUCUCCCCCAGGGGAGAGGCGAAGAGGUCCUCCGUGGAACCGGGCCAAAGGAGCAGCCUGCACCGAGACCUGGCCCAGAUAAAGCGCAUCAUCAACGCGGGCUACGUCUCUGAUGUGAAUAACAUAAGCCACGCGAGCGACUGCUUCAGCGCGUACCUCUCCGAGUGCAACAGUGGGGACGUCUCCGAGUAUGAGGUGGGGGGUGCAGAUCUGCGCGACGAUCCGCGUGAUGAGCGGCCUCCUGACCAGCGUGAUGAGCUGCCACCUGACCAGCUUGACGAUCCGCGUGAUGAGCGGCCUCCUGACCAGCCUGAUGAGCUGCCCCCCGACCCGCGUAACGAACAGACGUACCUGACCCGCUUCCAACAGCUGUGCAAGCGCGAGAAGCGAAGAAUCCACAUCUCGGCCUCCAAGUGGGUCCUAAACAACUCGGGGCAGAAGCUCCAGCUCAUGCAGAAGGUCCUCAUUUACUACGAAGGGGAAAUUCUGAAAAGCAUUAACUACUUCCUAAAGCCAGACAGAUUUUCCUUCGACUUGUUGCCAUCGUUCGUAGCCAGCUUUGCAAACAUCAUGAAGGGCUACGUGGAGCAGGACGAGGUAGCCAGUCUGCAAAAAAUCGCCUCCCUCAGUGUGCUAGACUUUUAUAAAACGCCUCUCUGCUUGGUCUUCACUUCUAAAGAGAUCAUGGUGGCUUGCAUCCUCCGAGCGUACACGUCGUUGAAGUGGAUCUGCGGCCAGCUGGACCUGCGGGAUGGGUCUCUCCAGGAUUUCGAAAAGAAGGCCACCCUCUUCACCCAGCACGUCAGUUUGAAGAACCCCAUCAGGUGA